AUGUACACCAACAUUUCCAAAGCCCAGGCACUUCAUUUCGCCGCUAUAAUCGCUUGGCAACCUAAAUGCUCCACUUCACCCCACGCCUUAAAGUCCCACUCUUUACCACUCGCUUAUCAUCAAAACCCCAUGUUAAAGAUCGCCACUUCACAUAAAUUUGGAACCUCGGAAACCGUGAAGUUAGCAAAUCCACAUGGGUUGGUGCUACAAAUUGCUAGAAGAUUUUAUGGGGCAAGAAGUGCUGAAAAGCAACUUCCUUGGUUAGAAGUGGACAAUGAGGUUAAGGAAGAACCUAAGGUGGUGGAGAAAGCAAAAAUGGCUGGGAUUAGUAGGCCUAUUCAAGAGGGUGGUUCAGCAAAGAAGGUGGGUAGUAAGUCCUCUUGGGAACAGUCUAUUGAAAGGUUAGAUAAAUGUCAUAAAACAGAAGUUCCAGGAACUAAGCCGAGAUCAGCAGCAGCUGCAACAUUUUCUGUGAAAGGUGGUGCUUCAGCUGCUGCUAGUAAGGAAAGGAAGAGUGAAUUGGUUGAGAAGUUGGGAGAGCACAGGAGUGAUUUUGGUAAAAGGUAUGUUAAGUUUGAUGAUAAUGGUGAGGAAGGAGUUGAUGAUGAAAUGGGGGAGGAGAUUGAUGAUCCAAGGUGGGAUAACAUAAAGAAUAGGUUCGAGGGGACGGUGGGGGCAAAAGUUGGAAUGGAGAGACCCGAGUUUCGAAGAUGGAAUAAACAGGAGAAUUGGGGUAGAAAGACAUGGAAAGAGGCCACCGAAUCCACUGUGCCUAAGAUUGUUGGUGAAGGAAUCUAUGGGGUUGGUCCAGUUUUGGCUGCAUUGUCAGCUGAUCGAAGGGAAUUUUAUGCAUUGUAUGUUCAAGAAGGAUUGGAUUUGAGUAGUAACAAUAGGAAGAAGAAGGACAAGAAAGGGUUUGAGAGAGUUCUGAAGAUUGCGGAGAAGCUUGGUUUGAGUAUAAAAGAAGCAUCGAAACAUGAUUUGAAUAUGGUGGUUGAUAACCGUCCUCAUCAGGGUUUGGUUUUAGAUGCUUCACCACUAGAGAUGGUGAAAAUAAAGGAACUGGACCCUGUUUCUGUUGAUGAAGGGAAGGGUUCCCUUUGGAUUGCCCUGGAUGAGGUUACUGAUCCACAGAAUUUGGGGGCAAUAAUUAGGUCUUCAUACUUUUUUGGAGCUUCUGGGGUAGUGUUAUGUGCCAAGAAUUCAGCCCCAUUGAGUGGUGUUGUGAGCAAAGCAAGUGCUGGCUCUCUUGAGUUAAUGGAACUUAGAUAUUGCAAGAAUAUGAUGCAAUUCUUAGUGUCUUCAGCUGAAAAUGGUUGGCGAGUUCUUGGGGGCUCUGUCUCCUCUAAAGCUAUUUCUUUGGAUGAGGUUGUGCCUGGUCCGCCAACUAUUCUUGUUUUGGGCAGCGAGGGCACUGGUCUGAGACCACUGGUGGAGAGAUCAUGUACUCAGUUAGUUAGAAUUCCUGGGAACAUUUCUCUUGACUCAAAUACUAGUGAAUUGGAUGGUGAAAGUAAUGAUUUGAAUUCCCAGAGCUCUGGUAAAGAGUUUCUGUCUUUUUUGGCAGUGGAAAGCUUAAAUGUCAGUGUUGCAGCAGGUGUACUUGUUCACCACUUAAUCGGGAGAAAGUUAAUAGAUUCAUUACAAACGGAGAAUAAACAGAUUGAUGUGUCGGAGUGA